UUUGACGUGUUUUGUAAAUUUGAAUUAUUUGUCAUGAACAAGCAAAGCUCACUCAGUAGUUGGUUGAGUAAGAAGAAUCAUCCAUCUACUGCAACAAGUAUAGAUGCAAUAGUUAAAGAUGAUAAUUCUAUUACCUAUAUUCCGUCUCCAAAAAAGAGGAAAGUUGAUCUAUCAGAUCAAAAGGUAUUUAAUAUUUUGAGUCCUACUGAAAAUUCAAGUUAUGAAGAUCAACCUUUAGAAGUAUUUGAAUUCAGUGAUGAUAUAGGGAAUUUCUUAAAACCUACACAUCCUUCUGAUCACAUAAAGUCUAGGAUUCUUGAGAAAUUGAAUAUUCCAGAAGAUAAUUUUGUUUAUCCUUUCUCAGUACAUACUAAGAAGUCCAAAGAAGAAAAACGGUUUCUUAAGCGCUCACAUUUUGAAAAAUAUAAGUGGCUUGUUUAUUCAACAUCAAAGAAUGGUUUAUUUUGUAAAUUUUGUGUGUUUUUUAGCAAUAAAGGUGGUAAAGAUAAUAACGUAGAACUUAAAAAGUUAGUAAAUGAACCAUUAAAGAAGUAUGCUAAAUUGUUAGGGAAGGAUGGUGAUUUGGAGAAACAUAGUUUAAAUUUAUAUCAUUUAAAUGCUUUGACAUCUGCUACUGAUUUUUUAAACCGUUAUAAAAAUCCACAAAAGGAAAUAAUAAAUAUUGUUAAUACCUCAAGAAUGAAGCAAGUUAUAGAAAACAAAGAAAGACUGAAACCAAUAAUUGAAUCCAUUAUUUUUCUUGGCCGACAAAAUAUUGCAUUUAGAGGGCAUAACGACUCAGGAAAUUUGUUUGGUGAAAAUGCAGAUAAAGAAAUAGAAAAAUCUAAUUCCCCAGUUACAAAUAGUGGUAAUUUUCGAGCUCUUCUUAAAUAUAGAAUAUUAUCGGGUGAUACUAUACUUGAAAAACAUUUAAAAUCAAAAACAUCUAAAGCUACAUAUAUAAGUCCAAAAAUUCAAAAUGACAUUAUUGAAUGUUGCAAGAACUUUAUAACAGAAAAAAUUAUAAAUGAAGUCAAUGAAAGUAAAUUCUAUAGUAUUAUAUUUGACGAGACCACAGAUAUAAGCCACAUAUCACAAAUGAGUCUUGUACUGAGGUAUGUUCAUAAUAAUAUUGUGAAAGAAAAUUUUGUAGCUUUUAUUGACUGUCACAGUUAUUGGUAUUCUAAAAAUACAUCUAAUUCUAUAGAAGAAAGUGAACUAAAUGAAGAUGAUAAUAUUACAAAAAAUGAUACAUUGGAGCCAAAAUUAACUGGUGAUAUCCUUGGAGAAAUUGUGAUCAAAAUAUUACAACAUUUAAAUUUAAAUCCUCUAAACUGUAUCGGUAUCGGGACUGACGGUUGUUCUGUCAUGACUUCUAAUUUAAAAGGAGCUGUUCAAAAAAUUCAGUCCUAUGCUUUAAAUGCUUUUCACUGUCCUUGUUCAAACCACGCACUGAACUUAUCAAUUUCAAGAUCUUCAUCUAUUCAAGCAAUUAGAAAUGGUAUUGGGUUAAUGAAAGAAGUUGUAGCUUUUUUUAAUUUGUCAUCUAAAAGAAAUUAUGUCUUAAAAACAAUUCUUAAUGGUAAACAGCGACUUAAGAGUUUAUGUGAAACCAGAUGGGUAGACCGUCAUGAUAGUGUUUUAAUUUUCAAAUCUUCUUUAAAUUAUAUUGUAGAAGCAUUAACUAAAAUAUCAGAUUGGAAUGAACAAGAUUCAUCGUCAAAGGCAAAAACAUUACUUACAGCUGUAUGCUCAUGUGAAUUUAUUAUAUCACUACAUUCACUUUCAUCAUUAUUAUGUGUAACUGCAUCUGCCAGUAAAUUACUACAAAGUGCCAAUAGUGAUAUAAGUCAAGCUGCAGAUAUAAUCACUGAUAUUUUGUCAAACUUAGAAAAUAAAAGAAAAAAUUGUAAUGAAGAAUUUAAAUCAUUGUUCAGACAUGCUGAGAUUCAAAUGACUGAAUUGGAUAUUGAAUUAAAAAAGCCUCGAAUCGCUUCAAAACAAAUAUCUAGAUCUAAUUAUCAAACCACGUCUAUUGAAAACUAUUAUAAACUUUCUAUUUAUAUACCUUUACUGGAUAAUAUUAUAACAGACUUAAAAUCAAGAUUUCUAAAUGAAAAGUAUCAUGCCAUUUCAAAAUUGCCUUUACUUUUACCCCGUUUCAUUAUUAAAUCUGACACAAAUAAUACUGAUAUAUUAUUAAAGGUAAUAAAAGAACAUUUUACAUUUGAAGAUAGCAAUAUAAUUGAUGCAUUGGAGCUAAAAACUGAAUUACAACUUUGGAAAUCAAGUUGGAUUAGAAAAAAAAAUGAAGGUGAAUGUAUUGACUGUGAUGCCAUUAAAUGUAUUUCAGAUUGUAGUGAAAUAAUUUUUCCUAAUAUUAAAAAACUGCUUGGUAUAAUGGCUUGCUUGCCUAUAAGUGUAGCAUCUGCUGAACGAUCCUUUUCUACUCUAAGACGGCUAAAAACAUGGCUACGUUCAAAAAUGGGCCAGGAUCGCUUAUGCGGGCUUGCACUAUUGCACAUUUAUCAAGAAAUAAAUAUACCAGUGGAUGAAAUUAUUGAACGAUUUUCUCGUAUGAAAAACAGAAAAAUAGACUUUGUAUUAUAAAUUAUAAUUAUAAUAAAAUUAUUUUAUAACAUGCAUUAUACUAUAUUAUUAAAUUAAACAAUAAUUUAUUUUUUAUGUACCUAUUAAUAUUAAAAUGUUUUAUUUCAUAGGUAUUUUACAAGUAUGAAAUUUCCGUUAGGUUAGAUUAGCUGUGACGUACAUUUUUAAGAUAUUUUAAGAAUAGAUAAAAAUAUAUUUCGCCCCCCCCGUAAGAUAGGCCUAGGUACGCCACUGCUUAGGUCCGAUCCGGAGAGGUGAUAAAACGGGGAUUUUGAUAUUGACGGUGGACAUUUUUGUUUAUAAAUGGAUGGUAUAUGUUUUAAAGCUAUAAUUAUUAUUAUUAUUAAUGACAUAUUAGUAUAAGGUAGCAUUUUAUUUGUUUAUUGGUUAAUCAAGCGAUGCAUCAAAGCGGAUUGUCGCAUAUUGCCUACCAAUAUGUUGCACCAUUAUAGCCGCUCAUCGGCGGUGUCCGCUGACCACUUGAUAUAUCGUUGUAAAUUGUUCGCGAUCUGACGUAGUCGGAUUGCCUACUUGCAGGGUGGCUGAAUUGCACUUACUGUUACAAGUUACAUCCAAAAUUAUUUAAACUAUCACAAUUUUUUAAAGAGUU